AUGGGGAAAUGGCGUGAUGCUUUCGCGCUCUCGGCGUCUCAAGUCUCGGAAGCCGAGCCACCUGGCACGGCCAAGAUCCUAGCGCAGAGGCCGAGGGAUGAGUUGAGCGGCGACGCACUUGUCGUCAACCACGACGGCGAGAUCAUCAAGUUCCCUGCCCCGUCGGCCGAUCCUCGAGACCCCCUCAACUUUCCACAAUGGCACAAGAUGGCUGCUCUGUUCGUGGUCUCCGUCUAUGCCUUUGUGGGCAACUUCACCAGCUCCGUCAUCGCGCCCGGCUUUCAGAUCUGGAAUUUUACCUUUCCACACGAUCCCCGGUCGGUCUCACAACUGACCUACCUCAGUGCAGUCCAUGUACUCUUCCUCGGAGCCGGCAACAUCUGGUGGGUACCGUUGUCCAACUGGCUCGGGAGACGGCCUGUUUUGAUAGUUGCUACCCUCAUCAUGACGCUCUGCUCUGUGUGGUGUGCUCUGUCCCCCAACUACGACAGCCUUCUUGCGGCGCGCAUCUUCCAAGGUAUCGGGGGCGCGGCAUCUGACACGGUGGCUCCGGCCCUGGUUGGCGAUCUCUUCUUCAUCCAUCAGCGCGGAAAAGCCAUGGCCCUAUACACGAUCCUUCUUUGUGUCGGUCCCCUCGUCGGAGGAAUCGCUGGCGGCUACAUUGCCUUUAGACAUGGUUGGGCCUAUCUCUUUUGGGUCAGCACAGCCUUGUCCGCCUUUUGCUUUGUUGGUGCUCUUGUCUUUGUCCCGGAAACACUCUUUGUGCGGUACACCGUGCCAGAGUCAUCCUCCCGGAUUUCCUCCACUGCUAAGGGAGCCGAGGAGACCCAGAUGGAGCAACAACCCUCGGCCAUGACAUAUAAACCAUACAGCUUCGCCGCCACUCUCGGCUUCGGCAAGACCCAUGGGAGACUACUUCAACAUGUCAUGAAGCCUUGGAGGACACUCGCAUUGCCUGGUACAUGGGUUGUUAUGCUCCACUACGCUGGUUUGGUCGGGGGCAUUGUGACGAUUACCACCGUCGGCCCGCAGAUCCUAGCCAUGCCGCCUUACCUAUGGAAGGAGAAUGUGGGCUUGAUCAACCUUGGUGGAAUCAUUGGUGCCGCUCUGGGCUAUGCCUACACCUUUGUACUAUCCGACUGGCUUCUCAAGCGCCGUGCCAAGUCCGCCCGGAACGGGAUGGCGGAGGCCGAAGAUCGUCUACCGAGUCUGUUCUUCCCACUCGGGGUGGCCACCUCUGGGCUGCUCGUCUUUGGCUUCUGUGCGCAGUACCCCGGACCGGAUCGAUGGGUCGGCUUGGGGGCCGCUUUUGCAAUGGUGGCCUUUGGUCUGAUGCAGAUUCCCUCGGUGGGAUUCAAUUAUCUGAUCGACUCAUAUGGAGCCCUCGCUGCCGAUGCCUUCACCAUGGUCACAAUUCUGCGCGCUAUCAUCUCCUUUGCCUGGACCUUUUUUGCCGUCGAAUGGGUGCAGUCACGCGGGGCUGCCGAACCCUUUGGCAUCUUUGGGAUGCUCAUGGGGCUCUUCUCUUUGACUACUGUUCCACUCUGGGUUUACGGAAAGAGGAUGAGAAUUGCGACUGCCUCCAAGGUUGAGCGCUGGAACUGAUCAUGGGGUGACUUUGGGCGCUGUUUGAUGCUGCGUCAACGUGGUGC